CUCUUAUUUUCUAUCUUGUUAUAUAUAUAUAUAUAUGAAGGCACUAGUGUUUGAUGUUUAAGGUGAGAGUUUGUUAUUAAACAAUGGGUUAUGGUGAGCUUAUUAUACGAAGCUAUGAUGCCCAAAAUGAUAGAGCUCGAGUAGAAGAUUUCGAGAGAAGAUGUGAGGUAGGCCCAGCUAAGAGAGUGUUUCUCUUCACAGACACUUUGGGUGAUCCCAUCUGUAGAAUCAGAAACAGUCCAAUUUACAAAAUGCUGGUAGCUGAGUUGGACAGCCAGUUGGUUGGUGUCAUCCAGGGCUCCAUAAAGCUUGUAACAGUUCACAAACCACCCAAUGAUGUAGCCAAGGUGGGCUAUAUCUUGGGCUUAAGGGUUGCGCCGCUUUAUCGAAGAAGACGGAUCGGGUCGAGCCUCGUUAUCAAAUUGGAAGAAUGGUUCAUUGUCAAUGACGUUGAUUAUGCAUAUAUGGCCACCGAGAAAGAUAACGAGGCCUCGGUCAAGCUCUUCGUAGACAAGCUCAGUUAUGUCAAAUUCCAGACGCCGACGAUUCUCGUAAACCCCGUCAGCCGUCGGAGGUCCCAAAUAUCAUCCAAAGUUGAAUUAGCAAAGCUGAAUAUCGAAGAAGCCGAAUCGAUCUACCGUAAAUUCAUGUCGUCGACACAAUUCUUCCCUAUUGAUAUAGGAAACAUAUUGAGAAACAAACUGAGCUUGGGAACCUGGGCUGCUUAUCCCAGAGGAGAAUCGUGGGGAGAAGUCCCAAGUAGUUGGGCAAUGCUUAGUGUAUGGAACAGUGGGGAGCUUUUCAAGUUGAGGUUAGGGAAUGCACCUUUAUCUUGUUUGAUGUACACCAAGAGCUCACGGUUCAUGGAAAAGCUUCUCCCAUGCUUUAAACUGCCAGGCCUGCCGGAUUUCUUCCAUCCAUUCGGCUUCUACUUCAUAUACGGUGUGUACGGAAAAGGUCCCUUGUCCGGCAAGCUGGUGCGGACCCUGUGUCGAUUCGUGCACAACAUGGCUUCAUCAAAGUCCAAGGAUUGUAAGGUUGUUGUUACAGAAGUUGGAGGAAGCGACACGUGGAGAGUUCACAUUCCACAUUGGAAAUUACUGUCGUGUCCGGAGGAUUUGUGGUGCAUAAAGGCCUUGAAGAAUGAAGAAAGGGAUAGGCUCCAUGAAUUGACAAAAACCCCACCAACGAGGGGUCUUUUUGUUGACCCAAGAGAGGUCUGAAAAUCCUGGCCCGAGCCGCAUGUAGGUCUUUUGACAUGAUAUCCAUCUCCUUGGUGGGGGCUUUUCUCUUGUUCCUUUCACAUCGCUCACACUAAAUCUCAAAAGUUUUCCUCAAUUAGAACCCACCCUCGGUCUCCUAAUUUGCUUGUAACUUUUUUUUUUCAUUUUCACCUCAUCAUUCCGACUGAUCAAUCGCCAGUGGUAUAUUGAGGGGA